CUUCGUUUGGGUACCGCUUUACAGCCUAGUGUUUUACUCUAGAGAACAUGGAUCAUGGCCUAAUGUAAACCAUGCUCGAGAGCUGUUCGUUCUUAAGGCAGUCUUCGUUCGGCCAUGGCAAUCUCUUGUGUCGCAUUGAUCAUGGAUAACAGAGAUUCUAAUGGUGAAGUCACGUUCAUUGUAACGAGAUCGGAGCCAGUGAGAGUGCACCCCGUUGAGGACGCCGGAGAUGGCGAGUUCUACUUCCUGUCGAACUUAGAUCAGAACGUUGCCGGGAUCAUGAAGACGGUGCACUUGUUCGCGGCGGCGACCGACAGGAGCACCGCCGACGUCGGCCGGGUUCUGAGAGACGCCCUAGCCAAGGUGCUGGUCCACUUUUACCCCUUCUCGGGGAGCCUCACCAUCAGCCCGGAGGGGAAGCUCAUCGUGAAGUGCGACGGGCGGGGUGUGCCGUUCGUGGAGGCGGCAGCGGAGUGCGACAUGGAGGUGGUGGGGGACAUCUCCAUCCCUGAUCCUGAGAAGCUUGGGAAGCUCGUCUACGUUGACCCUCGAGCCAAGAACAUUUUGCAGACUCCUCUCCUCACUGUGCAGGUGACGAGAUUCGAGUGCGGUGGGUUCGUCGUGGGACUUGCCAUGAACCACUGCAUGGCAGACGGGAUAUCAAGCGUCGAGUUCCUCCAGUCGUGGGCGGAGACGGCCCGCAACCGUCGCCUGUCCCGGGCCCCGUUCCUGGACCGUACUAUACAACGAGCUCGUCACCCCCCAAAGAUCGAGUUCCCCCACCACGAGUUCGCCGAGCUCGAGGACGAAUCGAACCUAACGCAACUCUUCGAGUCCGAGCCAAACCGGUACCGGGCCUUCACCUUCGGCUCUGACGAGCUGGACCGGCUCAAGCUCAUGGCCACCGUUGACGGAUCCUGCACCUGCUUCGUGGCCCUCUCCGCCUUCAUCUGGAGAUCCUGGACACGGGCCCUUAACAUGGACCCUCAUCAGAACACCAAGCUUCUGUUCGCGGUCGACGUCCGGCGUCGGUUCCAGCCGCCGCUCCCGGUGGGGUUCUUCGGGAACGGGGUCGUGUUCGGCUGCUGCUUGUGCGAGGCCGGCGAGCUGCAGGACAACCCCGUCUCUUUCGCCGCCCGGUUGAUCCAGGCCGCCGUGCGGAACACGACCGACCGGUUCAUUCGGUCCGCGAUCGAUUACUUCGAGUCGAACCGGGCUAGACCGUCCCUGACCGCGACGCUGGUGAUCACGACGUGGACCAAACUCAAGUUCAUGAGCUCGGACUUCGGGUGGGGCGAGGCGGUUCAGUCCGGCCCGGCCGAGCUGCCGCACAAGGUGGUGGUGUUUCUUCCUCAGGUCAAUGGAAUGAAGAGUGUAACGGUGGUCGUGGGAUUGCCAGCUUCAUCUAUGAAGGCCUUCCAAGAAAUGUUGGGGCUGUAGUUCGAGUCGAGCACCAAAGAAAGAUAGGAGCAUGUCAAAGAAGACCACGCAAUCUGGAAGCUUAUGACCGAGUCUGGUGUUUUAGAACAACUGCAGAUAGUAAAUAAAAGAAGAGAAUGAAGGGAACCUUAUCUCAGUGCACCUGUGAUUGUGAAACUUGCAAUGCCGAAGCUGGUGGAAAUGUUUGUAAAGCCAAAAUGUAAAGAAUUUAGGUGGUUGAUGGUGUACCAAACCCUAUGUGCACAACUUACUCUUGUGCGUCUCUAUUUCAAGUGAUCAAGCUGUAAGUUACUAUGGGUUCAUAGAUCUAAUGUUUAUGUGGCAUAAUUGAUGAGGCUUUAAAGCUC